AUGGAUGUGCAUCAUGAACUUACAAAGCAGCUAAGCGUGUCAUCGAUAUCUUCGACUUCAGCAAGCGUAGAGGAAAUCUGCUCGCUGAAGGAUGAAUUAUCGGGGGAUGAAAAGGUGUAUGAAGGAUCGCCCAGUGCUUCGGAUAACGGACAUACAAAUAUCUCGUCUUACUGGGAUGAACCAUCAAAUCCCGCAGCAGUAUCUGUUGUCCUGGAAUUAAAAGAGCGUUUUGGCAAACGAAUUCGGCAACUGGAUAGAGAAAAUACUGGCACGAAACAAGAAGACCAAGCGGUUGAAGGCGAAUUUCAAAAAAGGUUGCCGACAAAUGAGGAAGAGAGCUUUAGAUUUGUGGAACAAUCCGCGGAACAGCCUUCCUGUGCUGGACAAAGUGAUAACGCUUCAUUUUCGUUAUCUUCAGAAAAUACUGAUACGAUUCGUUUGCAUAUAAAAACGGAUUUAAAAGAAGCUAUUCUCUUCAGGAAGUUAGCGCCUGCUGUUUGUUUUGCAGAUGAAUCUUCAGGAAAUUCGGAUUCAUUUGAAACAGACUGUUAG